GCUCUCACAGCCAUCGCAGUACAUUGAGCUCCAUAGAGACGGCGCCGGGCCAGGCAGAGCCGGACGGCACUGGGCGACUGUGUGCCUUGCGGACGAGAUAAAAAGACAACAACAUGGGCAAAGGCGAUCCUAAGAAGCCGAGAGGCAAAAUGUCAUCAUACGCAUUUUUUGUGCAAACUUGCUGGGAGGAACAUAAGAAGAAGCACCCAGAGCCUCUCAAUUUCUCAGAGUUUUCUAAGAAGUGCUCAGAGAGGUGGAAGACCAUGUCUGCUAAAGAGAAGGGGAAAUUUGAAGACAUGGCUAAGGCAGACAAGGCCCGUUAUGAGAGAGAAAUGAAAACUUAUAUCCCUCCUAAAGGGGAGACAAAAAAGAAGUUCAAGGAUCCCAAUGCACCCAAGAGGCCUCCUUCGGCAUUUUUCUUGUGUUGCUCUGAGUAUUGCCCCCAAAUCAAAGGCGAGCACCCUGGCCUGUCCAUCGGGGACAUUGCGAAGAAGUUGGGAGAGAUGUGGAAUAACACUGCGGCUGAUGACAAGCAGCCUUACGAGAAGAAGGCCGCCAAGCUGAAGGAGAAAUAUGAAAAGGAUAUCGCUGCGUACCGGGCUAAAGGGAAGCCCGAUGCUGCCAAAAAGGGGGUCGUCAAGGCUGAGAAAAGCAAGAAAAAGAAGGAGGAAGAGGAGGAUGAAGACGAUGAGGAAGAUGAAGAGGAGGAAGAAGAAGAUGAUGAUGAAUAAGUUGGUUCUAGCGCAGUUUUUUUCCUUGUCUAUAAAGCAUUUAACCCCCCUGUACACAACUCACUCCUUUUAAA